AUGAAAAUAACUUGGAUAUUUGGCUUUUUCGCAAUCAUUGCUGUUGUUGCAGCCGUGCCAUUAGAAGGUGCUAAGGAAGAAAUCGCAGCAGACAAUGCUGGGAAAGCAAUAAGCCUUUUGGAUGUCGACGAUGUCGGAGUGAAUCACGAAAAUACAGCAGAUCGAAAUGUUCGCCAUGGUUGGGGAGGUUAUGGUGGCUAUGGAGGAGGUUGGGGUGGCUAUGGCGGCUAUGGAGGAGGAUAUGGUGGAUAUGGAGGAGGUUGGGGCGGUUAUGGCGGUUAUGGCGGAUGGGGUGGUCAUCAUCACCAUCAUCAUGGAGGUUAUGGAUGGGGUCGUUAA